UCAAGGGAUUACGCUGUGCUCGACCUCCAGGUGGGCCUCGCUCUCCUCAUCUUAUAAAUGUACCUCAUUGCGUUUAGCAGCUCCUCGGGAGUCAAGGAGUCACCCAUAACUUUUAUCAAGAAUAUAAGAGAUUGGAAGGAAUAACUCAGAUGACUUAGGGAUGGAUCUGCAAUUUCAAGAUUUUGGUGAAGCCCGUACCCAGCCAGCAGGUGCGGGUGGCAGCCAGCGUGAACAAACCAUACACUUCUCUGAGUUUCCUGAUUCAGCUGCAGAUGAACUAGAGCAGGAAAAGAUUGGACCCGAGAUUAAGAGGCGAAAAAUAGAUGGACAGUCAGCCCCUUUGUUGCCAUUGCACCCUGCAGAGGUUCAUAUAGCUGCAAUCCUUCCGGAAGGUGUUCACGGUGUAAUAGAUUUUGCUCAAGUAGCCGUUCUUCAAGUGAAGGAAAAGCAGUAUAUAUCACAUGCUGUUAAGGACUUGUCUCUGAAAUUACCAGUGCCAUCUUUAAGCCACUUAAAGAGAGUCCGAAGAUUGCUGACAGUGAGAAAUGAGACGGAAAAUAACAAGUUAGAAGCUCUAAAAGUAAAGAAUGAGGGUAUGUUUGUAUACCUGGACUUUGCAGAAGAGUUUAGUAUUCUUCCCUUUAAAGAAUUUGGUGAUGAUAAUGUUAUGUCUGUGAGUUUAAAGGAUAGAAAUAAGGUCAUAACAAAACUGGAGGAAAAGAAAAUUGAUACUUCCUUAUACACAGAUGAAGUGUUUGUUUCUAGAGUGGCCAGAUACGCCCCAAAAGUGCGUGAUAUGUACGACAAAGUAGCACAGUUCUGGCCUUGCUCAUUUCAUGAAGAUUCAUAUCUAACUCGCCUCUCAUCUGCCAAUAUCUUCAGUCCUGAAGAAGUGAAUGUAAUUGUCAAGCACAUGAAUAAAGCAAUUGAAUUAGGCUCAAAGGGUAAUAAAAAAGGAAAUUCUGCUGUUGGUGUUGUAAUGGUAGAUAGCCAGAGUGGAGAAAUUGUAAGUUCUGCUAAGGAUUCUAGACACACACACCCUUUGCAACAUGCUGCCAUGGUGGCCAUUGAUAACAUAGCUUGUACACAAGGUGGAGGAGCCUGGGUACAGAAUAGUGGAGAGCCUCCUUAUGGAGAUUGUGAAAAACAUGAUUCACUUAAAAAUAUCAUGAACCAAGAAUAUGUUCAAAUUAUUGACAAGGGUAAAAUUAAUAAUGAAGAUUUUAGUAACAGUACCAGUAGUUUUAGAAACACGAGGCCUCUGAACACCAAGAGUACUAUUACGGAUUCCAGCACAACAUACAUAUGUACCGGUAUUGAUGUCUACAUAACACAUGAACCAUGCAUGAUGUGUGCAAUGGCUUUGUUGCAUUCUCGUGUACAUCGUAUUUUUUAUUGCUGUCCUGAGCCUCAUUUAGGUGCUUUAGGGUCGAUAACCAAACUCCACACCUUGCCUGGUAUUAACCACAGAUAUGAAGUGUUUACUGUAACUCAAACUUAGCUGUUUAGUUAGAUUUAGGUUAUUAACUUAGAUGAAUGUGUCUUAGUACAUUAUACAGUACAGUAUACAGUAGUAGUAGCAGUACAUUAUACUGUUUAGCAAAAGAUUUGGAUACAAUACAGGUAUAAGAAAUAGUACAAUAUUUUUUAGGUUUUAUUAAAUCUGAAAAUCUCACAUAUAGAAAAAAAUAAUUAUUCAUCAAAUAGAAUCUUGUCUGACUGAAGUGUGUAAACAUCUGCUAAACCCUUACUCAUUUUGCUUUGAAAGUUUAUUAUAUUCACCAGAUUCAAAGCAGUGGGUUGAUUGUUUCGAUGGACAUUACUGUUUUGAGCUUUGUUCUGAAGAGUUUAAGCUAGUGUCUCAAGCAGAGAGUCGGGUACAAACAGCUGCUGACUAUGGGCAUUUAGUUACUGACAAGUAGUAAUUUUGAGUGGUUGCAUUUUCAUCCCAUGCAUCAUUCAUCUCCACUUGUUUGAGUGAUAUGUACUUCACAUUUCUCACGUCUGAUGAUGUCUGAGCUUUUCUAAAAGUUUCUCUCACUUGAAAUGUUUAAAUUGCUUUUCUCAAAAUGCUGUACCCACCUGAAAUAAAAUUGUGCCAAGUGAAAGGCAGAUAUAUUUAGUAGUACAUAAAAUGAGGUUUUAAUAAGGGGGGAUCAAAUUGGCAUGAUAUAUCAAAUGAGCCCGAAACGGAGCCCUAGUGCAGGGGGGAAUUGUGUAAAACCCUGGUUUGUGUCUCGGAGAGACUGUGGGAUCCGUGUGAAAGCAGUAGCAAUCUUUGUUGCAGUUCUUUUACCAUGUCGUGACUCGAUCAAUUAAGGCGUAUCUCGGAUCAUCCUGGACGUAAAUUCAAACCCUCAUCACGGCCCUUGUGGAUUUAUUUAUUUGUUCAUUUAAUAAGGAAAUUUUUAAAGUUAACAGAGAAACGAUUUGAAUGAGAGGAUGCAUUACAUUAGGAGGCAAUAUAUAUUCGCAAAAAAAAAAGAAAUAAUGAGGAUACAACUGUUGUUCCAAAAGAUAUAUACUACAAUAAAGAUCAACAUAAGUAGUAGACAACUGAUUAUCAGGAAAUUGUGGGCUUGACAAUGUUGAUGGUGACUAAACUUUUUUUUAGAUUGGUGUUAUAUGGUAUAUAAUUAUUAAAACAUUUAGAUUAGAUUCAGUAUGUAAUAAUGUAUUAAGUACUGAAGAGAAUGGAAGAAUCAUAAAAUAUGUUACUGUAUUGAAUAUAAAAUUUAAUGUGUAAUGCUGAUAGGAGUGGUUUUUUCUUGUGAAAACAUCUAUAUUUUACAUGCUCUGUCUAUUUACAAUUCGAGACCAUUGAAAAUAUUUAAGUGUUAAUAAAACUUGCAUGUAAGAAUUGCAUAUAGUUACUUAAAAUGAGUAAUUAAUGCACGUGGGAAGUAACUGUUGCUGACAACUAUAAAGGAUUUAUUUUAAAACA